AUGCAUAUCGCACGAAAAGCCUCAUACACUCCUCACGAGAACGAGAGUGGGAGACUUUGGCUAAAAUUCGGAGGACGCACCAUCAACUUUAUCAUGAUCAACAAGAAGAAGGAUAAGAAUGAUGCCGAUCCAGGCUCAGAGCCACUCAGAGGUACUAUAUCCAAAGCUCCUUAUCAAAUUGCCUCCUGGAAAGGAUCUAACGAUUGUGAAGGACUAUUCAAAAGGGGCUUGUGGGUUGGAUUUGGCAUGAAGAAGUUCAAGAGUGAGAAAGUAGAGAGCAAGGAAGACACAAACAAGAUGAGUGAAAUGGAUGAUAAAGGCCUUGAUAUGAAGUGA